AUGAGGUUUUUUCUUAUUCUUGUUGUGUUGUUAAUAGCAUGUCCGGUGGUGAGUCGUAGCAUAAUUUUUGGUACGGAAAAGUUUCGAAAAUUAGAAAAUUCAAAUAUUCAGUUAGGCAAAGUCGGGAAGGGUGGAAAUGGUUCCAUUGAAAUAUUCGUUUUGGGGUGAAAAAGAUUCCUUUUUCCUGCCUUUUUGGGCCAAUUCUUCGGCUGUUUUGCACCAUUUUUGUUGCCUCUUCCUUUUCUCACCAUUUCUUGAGCCUUUAAAAUUCCAUAAAAAUGGAAGGCUUGAUAAAGGGUCUCUCUUCGCUGCCUUUCUACGGCCUUUUUGCUGCCUUUUUGCAGCCUUUUUCGAGCUUCUCCCUUUCAGCGGCCAUUAUCCACCCUACAGACUUUGCCCGAGAUUAUUUUUUCCUCUUUGACCAGAGCGAAAAAAUUCGGGCAAAGUCGGAAUAGUGGAUAAUGGCCCCUAAAAGGGAGAGGCUCAAAAAAGGCAGCAAAAAGGUUUCCUUUAUCGAGCUUUCCAUUUUUUCUGCGGCUUAAAAGACUCUGGAAAUGGUGGAAAAGGGAGAGGCAGCAAAAAGGGUGCAAAACAGCCGAUGAAAUGGCGCAAAAAGGCAGCAAAAAAGGAUCCUUUGUCUCCCGGAAAGGGACAUUUCAAUGGACCCUGUUCUUUAAAGAAACUAGAUUUUCUUACCAAUUUUUAUUUUGACAGGUGUUCGGGAAUGUCGUUACCGAUGUGGCGAAGUCGCUAUGUGUUGGUUCAAUACUUAUAAUAUAACUGUUUCUUUGGUUUCUUCCAGAGCCAGAACAUUUUGAACAAACUUCCACUGUGUCCACCGCCACCGAAAAAACGUAAAAUUGUACACAAUUACGAAGAUAUCGAAGAGGACGAUGAGGAACACUUGAAAAACAAAAAAAGUUCGGGCGGACCUCGGCCAUCGCCGCCAAAGUCUGGUGGCCGCGAUUUUCGGGUCAGUUAAUUAUUUUUAAUGAAAAAUUUUAUUUUUAGCUUUGAAUGCUCAAAAAGGUUAGGCCCCAUUUGGGUUUAGGCUGGGUUGGAAAAAAAAGGGCGUUUCGUUAACUUUUUCUCAUAACCAAAUAUGAUCCAGAAAACGAUUUUUAGGAAAUUUGAAAACAAAACCGAAUAUCGUCACUCAGCUAGUUUUCGAGGUACGGUAGCUCAAAGGAUUACGGUGAAAAGCUUUGAACUCGGAAAAAAAAAAUCAUCAAAACUCAACUAAAGGUUUUCACAAGGUGUAAGAUUAACUCAGUUUUUCAAAACCUAACAUCUCAUAUUCGCUCAUUAUUGCUCAUACUAGCAGAUUCUAAAGUUCAGCAAUUUUUUUUAACUUCAUUUAUUAUUGUCUUGCUCAACAUAUUAUCAAUAGAAAAUUUGAAAAACUGAACAUUUUUUUAGUCUGGCCUGGCUCUCGCAGUGGUUCUGGCCAAUCUCUCUGCUUCUUUUCUUCGAUUCUGA